UAGGACCCCGCGGAACGCACCGCGGCUUUGGGCUCAGUGACGUCAGGGCAGUCUGCCGCUAUCAGCAGGUCAGGAAAGAUGGCGGCGGCGGCGGAGGCGGAGGAGAGCAGGUUGAAGCAGCGGAAUCACAAAAACAGCAUCUUCAAAGAAGGUGGCCACGGGUUUAAAUCAGACACAACCCCGAUGAGGCAGGAGGAGGAGGAGGACGACGACCUGCUGGAGGAGGAAGAGGUGGGCGUGGCCAGGCCGGUGCAGAUCGUGGUGGCGGACGAGGAGGAGCACUCGUUCUUGCUGCAGGAGGAGGCGCUGGAGCGGCUGCUGCUGCAGGAGGAGGUGCAGGACCUCCACGUGGUCGUCGUCUCCGUGGCCGGAGCUUUCCGCAAGGGCAAGUCCUUCCUGCUGGACUUCAUGCUGCGCUUCAUGUACAAACAGUCGUCCGGUUCGUGGGUCGGCGGCGAGGAGGAGCCUCUGACCGGCUUCACCUGGCGAGGCGGCUGCGAGCGGGAGACCACGGGCAUCCUGGCCUGGAGCGAGGUGUUCGUGGUGGAGAAACCAGACGGCUGCAGGGUUGCAGUUCUACUAAUCGACACACAGGGGGCGUUUGACAGCCAGUCUACCAUCAAAGACUGUGCCACGCUGUUCGCCCUGAGCACCAUGACCAGCUCUGUCCAGGUGUACAACCUGUCCCAGAAUGUCCAGGAAGACGACCUCCAGCACCUGCAGCUCUUCACGGAGUACGGCCGACUGGCCAUGGAGGAGGUCUAUGAGAAACCCUUUCAGACUCUGAUGUUCCUGAUCCGGGACUGGAGCUACCCCUACGAACAUCCGUACGGCCUGGAGGGAGGACGAAGCUUCCUGGAGAAACGACUGCAGGUGAAGCAGAACCAGCACGAGGAGCUGCAGAACGUCAGGAAACACAUCCACUCCUGCUUCACCAACAUCGGCUGCUUCCUGCUGCCUCACCCCGGCCUCAAGGUGGCCACCAACCCUCACUUCGACGGACGGCUCCGAGAUAUCGAUGAGGACUUUAAGAAGGAGCUGGUGAACCUCGUCCCGACGCUGCUCUCUCCGGAAAACCUGGUGGAAAAAGAGAUCGGAGGAGUCAAAAUCACCUGCAGAGACCUGCUGCACUACUUCAAAGCUUACAUGAAGAUCUACCAGGGAGAGGAGCUUCCUCACCCCAAGUCAAUGCUGCAGGCAACAGCUGAAGCUAAUAACCUCGCAGCUGUCGCAGGAGCCAAAGACUUGUACAACAAAAGCAUGGAGCAGGUCUGCGGCGGAGACAAACCCUACAUUUCCCCGACGGAGCUGGAGCGCCGUCACGUGGAGCUGCGGCAGGUGUCGGUGCGACACUUCCGCUCCGUGAAGAAGAUGGGCGGCGAGGACUUCUGCCGGCGCUACCAGGAGCAGCUGGAGGCGGAGCUCGACGAGGCCUACGCCAACUUCGGCAAGCACAACGACGGCAAGAACAUCUUUUACGCCGCGCGGACGCCCGCCACGCUGUUCGCCGUCAUGUUCGUCAUGUACGUGGUGUCGCUGGUCACGGGCUUCGUGGGCAUCAGCUCCGUGGCCACGCUGUGUAACCUGGUGAUGGGCGUGGCUCUGACGGCGCUCUGCGUCUGGGCUUACGUCAAAUACUCCGGAGAGUUCCGCGAGGUCGGGGGGAUCAUCGACCAGGUGGCUGAAACCCUCUGGGAACAGAGGACGCCACGAAAGGUUUUCUCCAAACUCUUCGAAGUGGCUCGGAGUCGAGUCCCGUUGGGAAGCCUGAUCCCUGCGCCGCGGCCCCGGCUCGCCUCGAACAACAACGUCAAGAAGAAAAACUAGCAGCACGUCCGUCCGUCCGUCCCCCCCCCCUGCUUUCAGGACGGUUUGAGACGUGUAAAUCAGUUUUUGUUCUCGGACUGUAGAUGAUGGUUCCUCGCCGUGCCGGCUGUAGGUGUAAGGACUCGCUGUAGACCCGGACAAAGCAGUGUGAUGUAUUUUAUUAGUUGUCAGUGGGCGGGGUUAAGGUAUUUAUUGGUGGGAGGGGCCAUUAUUCUAUCACCGAGUGUCGUCCCAGGCGAACCCGCCGGGUGACGACGAAUCGACGUUAUUGAUUCCCAUUUAUGUGAAUGUAUGAAUGAAGAGCAUGACCACAGACCCUCCUCAUGUUUCCCUCCUCCUCCUCCCUCCUGCCGUCUCCGUCAGGUCUGUUUCUGUCGCCGGGCGGCGGCGCGAGGAGGAGUCGCUACCAAAGUUUACAGCUUUACUGACAGACGCUCUCAGACUGAGCGCACUGACCGGCGGACGCGAGCGUUUUGGGACUUCAAGAGCAGUUCGGUUUGAGGGAAGUUUUACAGUUUUUCUUUCCCAGAAUCACAAACUCACGCAUGUUUCUACAUUUCUGUGCAGAUUAAAAGUCUGAAACGGCUCGAUUGGCCUCGUUUAGCUUUAAUGUCCGACAGCGCAGACGAACGCGUCGAAGGCUCGGACGCUUCUUAAUCUUCUGAAAUGACCGCACGUCUGCCGGGAGAUUUGAGGAACAACAAAUAAAUACUUUGAACGUUGAGAUUCGAUAUCGACCACACAUCCGUGUUAGACAUUCACUCGGCUCCUCCUGGAGCUUUCGACCGCAUCCCACGGUCUUCCUCAGUGAACGGAGUCAUCGCGUGACCUCAGUACAGGACGUAGGUCGUGCGUACAGUCGAAAGCUCUGGGAACAGCUACGUCAGUGAGCUAGUUUUUUACGCCGCUGUGGGAGCAGUUAACAGGAAGUAGCUCAGAUGCUAAAUCCGAUUAUUUUAAAUACUGAAAUUGACGAUGUAAAUACAGAAAUGGCCGUGUGUUAAUAUUUAAUAGCUAAUAUUUUUAAAUUGAAAACACAAACAAUAUUUUCUAGCGUGGCUUCGGAUGGCGUUGACGCUAAUCGUGACUCCAGCUUGCGUUUGGCUAACAAACCGCAGACUAAGCUAAACUGGGCUCAACGCGUGUCUAUCGCUUUGUUUGAAUCCACAGAUUUUUUAGCAAAUAAAAGGAUUCACACAGCUGCUGCUUCCGCGUGUUAGUCGGACUCUGGGAAAGUAGAACUGUAAGUAAAAUAAGCUAAAUUUCCCCCAAACCAGCUCGCGCUUGACGUAGCCCUCUGGGUGCGAGCUGGAAGGAGCUCAGAGUCUGCAGUUGGUAAUUUUUAGACCAAUUAUUCCAGAUCACGACUUGAUUUAUCAGUAAUGACAUGAUCAUGACUUUCAGUGUUGACCGCUUUUUCUUCUGUGUUUCUCUUUUUUUUUUUACUUUAAUGGUUCCUAAUAAUUUCGGGAAACGUUCAGAUGGAUCUCACGUAAGUACGGCGGAGCCGGAGCCCGACUCGGGCGCCGUACUGAACGCACAAACGUGAGAUCGCCCAAAAAAAAAAAAAAAAAAACGAAGUAAAUACUCUGAACUGUUCCUUAAGUCUUUAAUUAUCUGGGGAUCGUUAUUUUGGGACGUCGGACGUUGAACCUGGUAGUUCCUGAUGAUGAUCCUCAGUCCUCUUGAUCUGACUUUGUUUCAGAGAACGAAGCUUUUUAAAUUUGUCCCUCCCGUUCGGCCGACACCUGCAGAUAAUAUUUAAUUCUGUUAUUUAACUCGAGUGUUGUCAUUCCUCCUCUUUAUCUUGAGAAAUCUGAAGGACUGAACCACCUUCUCCUGUUUUUUAAAGCACCAGAAGCCGUUUAGUUAAAACACUAAAACACUCCCACACACACACACACACACACACACACACACACGUAUUAAAUGUACUCUGUGAAGAUGGCGUCAGUGUUUCCGCUUUAAAGCCAAACUCCGUGAAUCGGAUGGAUGAAAGGUUCGUUCCAGACCUCGACCUCGGUUCGGGGGGGGUCGGAGGUCAUCGCGUUGUUGUUGUUGUUGUUGUUGUUUUCACUCAAUCACACUUUUAUUUAAUCAUCAUUCCAUCCACAACAUCACCGCUGUGUGCUUUUUGUUUUUGUACAGUUUUUAGUUUUUUACAGCCUCAUCCACACAUAGGGCAUGUGUAUGAAAUAUAUACAUAUAUAAAUAUAAAUUUUCUAGACCUUUUUGUAGCUGGAAGAACAACGGUUUGGGUGGUAGACCAGAUUCAGCUCGCUGGAUGUAAAGGAAUGCUUUCGUGAUUUGUGGAUAUGUCUAAUAAAUUCUUUUUUUUUAUAUAUAUAUAUUUGUAAAUUAAAUCUUACAUGAGCACUGCGGUUCCACCCCCUGCUGGCGAAGAAUGUUUAUAAUCUGGAUCCUUUUUUUUUUUUUUUUUUUUUUUUUUUUUUUUGGUCUCUUAUGUUGCAUUUCAAGGUUAUUUUCGUUAAUUUAUUUUUCAGUACAAUAUUAAACCAAACUCCUACAAA